GAAAAAGGAAACCCCGCUCUUCCUCUAACCCCCAUUCUUUCCCAACCGAAACAUCUGCCUACCGUCCUCUCCUCUUCCUUUCCUCCCACAGAAUUCCACCACAACUAAACCAAAAACCCAUCUUUUAUUUUUUUUGUUCUGGUAUUUUUUUUUCUAUCCUCAAAGUUUGAGGAAGCUCGAAUCGACGGCGCCGUCCCGGUCGCGAGAUUAGGGUUUUCUCGCUGCCGCUGCGGCUCGUCGGUUUCCACGACAUACCGUGCACGAUUCCCGUGAUUUGUGGUGAUGCUGCUGUUGCCACAAAUAGGUCGUUUCUGAUUCAUGAACUCAUCAAUGUGGUUUCAUUUGAAGGAGGCAGUGAAUGGAUAUAGGUGGAGUUGAGCACCGAGGGCGUUUGGCACAGCAGAAGACAUCUUGGACAGAAGAUAAGCAUAGGUUGCCAUUGCUCCCUUCCAAGAAGAACAAUGACAUUUCUGCCACCUGCAAGCCCAAGAAUGUUGCUUCUAGGUACAAGUCUGGGAUCUCAUCUACCCCUGUUUUAACUCCUAGUUCACCAAGACGACACCCCUCUCCAAAUGCCAGUCACACAUCUCCUGCGGUGUCACUGCCUAAGCGACCCCAAUCUGCUGGGAGGAGACGACCAACAACCCCUUCAUCGAGGUUCUCUGCACCCUCAUCCCCUUCUAGUUCUUCUACACUCUCUUCCCCAUCUUCUAGAUCAACAACACCAGCACAUGAUAUGGUGGCGGAAAUUCACAGCACCACGCGGCGCUUACUCAGCAACAGGACUCCUGAUGGUUUGUGGCCAUCAAUGCGGAGCCUGUCUUCCUCAUUCCAGUCAGAUUCUCCCAUAAUUUCUGUUAGUGAAAAAGAAAAAGUGGUUGUGAAUUCCUCAGAGAAAACAAUUAAGUCUCCGGCCAAUAUAGUAAUUGAGAGAAAGAGGACUCCUCUGAGAGGAAGAAACUCAUCUGACCAAUCAGAGAAUUCUAAACCAUUGGAUAACUCAAAUGCAAGGGUCAUUGAUCAAUGUCGGUGGCCUGGGAUGCUGGGAGGAAGGUCGUCUGCAAAUGGCUUGUCAAGAAGUGUGGAUCUCUCUGAUAGGUCUAGUAGAUCUGCAUCUUUAACAGUUGCAUCACGGGGGGUCUCCCCAAAGAGAACGAAUCCGUCAUCUGAUAGUGCAACUAGAGUUCCCCAGCCAUCUUUAAGUGAGGUUAUGGAGCGAGUAUUUAAUGAUGGAGGUGGAAGAGCAGAGCAGUGUGUGAAAUCAGUUGUAAAGUCCUCUUCACAAAUUUCCAUGAGAUAUUCGUCAGUAACGCGGUCAAAUAAGACUCAGUCAUCGCCAGUCCCAGGUUUGCGUAGCCUUUCUUCACCGAGUAAGGUUUUGUCAACAUCAACAUCAUCAUAUACUGCUAGGGGUAUGUCAAGUCCUUCAAGGACAAGACCAUCUACUCCGGUCUCAUCAUCUAGCAACGUUACUAGCAGAAUGGUUGGCACAUCCUCUGUCCUUAACUACAGUGUUGAUGUGCGAAAAGGAAAGAAGAAUAGAAAUCACAUAGAAGAUGCUCAUCAGCUAAAGCUGCUUUAUAAUGCAAACUUGCGGUGGUGCUUUGUCAACGCUCGAGCAGACAAGACACUAUUGGUUCAGAAAAUGAAGACAGAGAAUGUUCUUCACAGUGUGUGGAAUAGAAUUUCAAAAUUGCAUGAUCCUGUGAUCUUGAAAAGAAUUGAUGUGCAGCGUCUGCAGGUAGAAAUGAAGUUGCGUAUAAUUUUGAAAGAACAGAUGGCAUACCUUGAACGUUGGGUGGCAUUAGAAAGGGAACAUUGUAGCUCUUUAUCUGGUGCAGUGGAAGCUUUAAAUGCAAGCACCCUACGUCUUCCUAUUACAGGAGGUGCAAAGGCAGCUGUAGUUGAUGUAAAAAAUGCUGUUAGUUCAGCAGUUGACGUUAUGCAAGCAAUGGGUUCCUCCAUUGCCCAUUUACUAUCUAAGGUAGAGGGUACCAAGUCGCUGGUCUCUGAGCUUUCAACCAUUGCGGCAAGAGAAAAAUCCAUGUUUGAUGAGUGCAGAGAUUUACUAGCUUCAACAGCAGCGAUGCAGGUGCUGGAGUCCAGUCUUAGAACACAUAUCAUACAACUAAAACAAGACGCUUAUGAGCCAGAUUAACCAAGUUCCAUAAAUCAAAGGUCAUCAGGUGAUGAGAGCCCAUGCUUCUUGAGGUAACAACUUCGAAAUGGAAGAGAUGAAACUUGCAACCCGUGGUUAGUUCGUUUUGGGCUAUUCGCGCGCGCACACACACCCCCAUUUUCUUUUUCCCUUUCCUUUUUUUUCUCCUCAUUUUGUUAUUUUUAUUUUUGUCAAAUGUAAUUUUUUAGUGCUCAUACAAAGGCAAAAAAGGAAGUACACAACACAUGAGAAGCAAAAGGUUGAAAUCAGUAAGCUCAGUUCUCCAUAUGUAUGUAUAUAUUAACAACUUUAGCAGGAUGGGAACUGCUAAAGUUACAACCCAACUCGUUUCAGAUUUGCUCUCUAACAGGUAACUCGCAAGUCUACAGAUGUGAUGACUUGAUUACUUGUGAAUAACCACUUGGAGAUGUUGGAGAUUUUAUUACUGAUAAAGAUUAAGAUAGUUGAGAUGAA